AUGAGUGACUGGCAGAGGAAAAGCCCUCUAGACUGGGAAAUGUAUGUGAACAAAAUGGUGAAAGUUGCUGCAAUUGAGAAACAUGAAUAUGAAGGAUGGGUCUUAACAGUUGAUCCAGUUUCUGCCAGCAUUGUCCUUGCAACAUUCCUGGAGAAUGAAAAAGUGUCCAUAUCAGUUGUCUUGGGCCAUGCUGUCCAGGAGGUUGAAAUACUGAAAGAAGGGGACGAUGAAAUGAAGCAACGGCUUUCUUGCAUAUUUGCACCUGAAGAAAGCAAAGCCUACAGCCCAGAGGAACUUGAAAAGAGGAAGAAUGACUUGAAGACUUGGCUGGAAAGAAACCACAUCCCUGUAACAGAGCAAGGUGAAUUGGGAAGAACGCUAUGCGUGGCAGGGUUAUUAACUAUUGACCCACCGUACGGCCCAGAAGAGUGCAGCAGCUCCAAUGAGAUUAUUCUGUCUCGGGUUCAAGGCUUGAUACAGGGCUAUCUUGAAAAACAACAGUGA